AUGGAAAACCCCACACAAAAUAGGAAUGAUCCUGCAGCCACCAGAUUGCAGAGGCGAAAUAGAAAUGUAGAAGACCUUAAUCAAUUCGGAGCAGUCCGAGAUCGUUUGUUCCACGCCAUGCUUGUGAAACUAACGCUUGUGUACUGUGAAGUUGUGAAUCCAUUCUUCAGGAAGGUUUUCGAGUUUGUAUCUCUCACUCUGGCGUUAACAGUGCUAUCAUUUCUAUUUUUCACACAUAUCAUGUCCUCCCAUGCUUCUCCAACCUGCAUUAACGUUCUGAAAGGUAAUUGGAAGAACGAUGGAGUCGUAAGAGUGGAAGUUGUGAAAAACCUGAAGUCAUUAGAUUAUAAAGAAAGAUGGAUUUCAUUCUAUAAAAAUGAAAGAAGUCGCAUGCAGUGUCACUUCAAUCCUAAGCAAGCAUUAGUCCACGGCCCUGUUGCAAUACCUGCCGAAAUUCGGCAUGGACCCUCUGCGAACAUAACAACUGGGGGUAGUACUGGAUAUAAUAAAAGUAGAGUCAAAACAUUGCUCAGUUAUAUUUUGAACCUCACCUCUAACAUUUUCAGCUUUGAUUUUUUUGAUGAUUAUGAGGAAGAGGAAUAUACCGACACGUUAGACAUAGACGCAGAAAAAGCAUUCCUCGAUCAUUUUUUGCAAACUAAGACUGAAAACGAUCUACCUGCAAUCAUCUAUCGCGCAGAAUAUGCACUACAUUACGGGUUAUUACGUUUGCCCAAGAGCUACAGAGAUAAAAGAAGUAUCCCUUUUCACGAAUUGAAGAUUGAUUCUAAUCAUCAGUGUUUUGGCGAUGCUACAAUGAUAUUUACGCUUAACAAAUUCAUUGGUUUUGAAGAAGCUGUGAUGACAGGUUUAAGAAGCUUAGCUGAAAAUGAAACUACAGAUGGAUAUCUCCAUAAUCUCAAUACCGGAGAACACUAUCAUUUUGUUGGGAACACAAUGACAAGGAAAAGCUAUAUAACAGCAGCUAUAGUGAUGUUCAUUUUUACUUUCGCCAUUUCUCUACUCUUACGUUUCUCACAUCAUCAAAUUUUUAUGUUUAUCGUUGAUUUAUUGCAUAUGUUUGAACUCAACCAACCGCUUGAGUUUCCAGCAGCCCCUCUGUUAACAGUGAUUCUGGCUUUAGUCGGAAUGGAAGCCAUCAUGUCUGAAGUGUUCGCGGAUACGACAACAGCGUUUUAUGUUAUUUUAGUUGUUUGGAUCGCUGACCAAUUUGAUGCUAUUUGUUGUCAUUCAGCAACGAGUAAACAGUACUGGCUUAGAUUUUUCUUCUUAUAUCAGUUUUUCUUUUAUGCGUAUCAGUAUAGAUUCGGUGGGCAGUUCGGCAGUAUAGCUUUUCUCGCAUCCACGCUAUUCAUUAUUCAUUCCAUGAUUUUCUUCUUUCAUCAUUACGAAGUCCCCCUUAUACUUUAUCAAGAACGUGUACUUCGAAUCCUUUCCGAAAUUCAAUCUGUCCCUCCAAUGGUUGUUCCUCCCAAUCCGACGAACUCGACAACUCAGCGGACUACUCAAGAAACCCAAACAGCGGGUUCUACUGGUGAGAAUGUUGAGAAUAACUUGCCAGCUAUGAAUGAAACUGCUCAAAAUGGGGAAGGAAAUGAUUUUAUUCCUAACCAAGAUGCUGGUUCCGGGUCCGAUAUUGAGAAUACUUCUACGGAAGAAAGGGUAGCCGAGAAUGUCGUAUCCGAUGCUCUCGGGGAGCAGGGAAUGAGCUUACCUACUCCUCAUUACCAAUUAAACGCUAUCCAACGACAAUGCGUGUACCAACCAGCUGAAGACACUUUUCUUCUACUCGAUGCCAUUGAGAAGGACAUUCAAAAACUCAAACAGAUAGAGCCUUCUAUUGUUUUGGAGAUUGGGAGUGGAACUGGGGUUGUUUCAACUUUUGUUAACAAAGCCUUGGAUGGGAAGGUAGCAUCGUUUGCUACCGAUUUGAACAUUAAUGCUCUAGAUUGCACAGUUGAAACUGGGAAACUCAAUGGAGUUUCAAUUGAAGUAGUUCAAACCGAUUUAUAUGGCGGACUCGAUCAUUUGAAUAACAAAGUCGACAUUCUUCUCUUCAACCCGCCUUAUGUGCCCACGGAAGAUUCACCCAAAGAUCUCUAUGAACUAUGUUGGGCUGGUGGUAAGGAUGGCCGGGAGACAUUAGAUCGUCUAUUGCCAUCUAUCACGAAACUAUUAUCUCCGAAGGGUGUUUUUUAUCUUGUUGCUCUUCACGCAAACGGAAUCGAACAACUACUCAACCACAAUCCCAAUCUGAAGGGAUCGAUUGCGAUGGAGAGAAGAUGUGGAAUCGAGCAUUUGUAUAUAUUGAAGUUUGUUCAUAUAGAGAAAAGUGUGUGA